AUGUCGAGCACGACCACCAAGGCCGCCUCCGCAUCCACCUCCUCCUUCGUCACCUCCCUCGCCACCAAUUUUGCCAUUGCAGGGGGCGAACUGGUGGCAUGGAUCCUCCUCAGGCGCUACAUCAAGGCCAUCUAUGAGCCAAGAACAUACAUCCCGCCUAGAGACAACCAAGCUCAGCCCAUGAGCAAACAUCCGCUGAAACCGUUAUGGCAGAUCCUCAAGGCGAGCCCGGAAGAAGUGCUGGAGAAGAAUGGUGUCGAUCCGUAUGUCUAUCUGCGGUUCCUUAUCAUGAUGGUCAAGAUUAUGGUACCUAUAUGGGCGCUGUCAUGGGCGAUUCUGCUUCCUGCGGACGCUGUCAAGUCUCAAGUCAAUGGCAAGACGGGACUUGACAAGUUGACUUUUGGAAAUGUGGCUUCGACCAAGCAAGACAGGUACUGGGCGCAUUUGAUUCUAAACUACAUAUUUGUCUUCUGGAUCCUUGUCAAUGUCUGGAGAGAGAUGAGAAAUUGGCUGGUCAUCCGACAAAAACAUCUGAUCAACCCAGCCCACUCCAAGCUCGCGCAAGCCAACACUGUUCUGGUGACCGGCAUCCCUGAAGAUUUCUUGGACGAGCACAAGCUGGCGGGUCUCUUCUCCUACUUGCCGGGUGGUGUCAAGAGGAUCUGGCUGGUCAGAAAUCUCAAAGAGAUGCCCGGCCUCUAUGAACGUCGUCUCAAAGCCGUCAACCAGCUCGAAUCAUCCCAAGUCAAACUCAUCAAAUUCGCUCGCGCCUACAAAGAAGAGCGUGAGAAGAAGAGUGGAAAGAUGGAAAAGAAGAACAAGACGGUGCCCGACACUCUUUCGGGGCCCAUGAAUCCGCAAUUGCUCAAGCAAGGAUCAGACGGCAAAGUCAAUGGCUCAGCCAAUGCAGAGGAGGGCCGUGUCUUUACGUCCGUCGAAGAACUGGGUCUCGCCGACCAACUCGUGCCCCGCUCCAAACGCCCCACUACCCGGCUGAAGCCCAAGUGGGCGCCCUUUGGGCUCGGCUUCCUUGCUAUCGGCAAAAAGGUCGAUGCGAUCGAUUGGGCGAGGGAGGAGAUUGUCAAGACGACAGAAGAGUUGCAGAUCAGUCGGGAGCAGUUGAAGAAGGAUAUAGAGUCGAUCGGGAUCGCAGAGGACAAGUAUCCGCCGCUCAAUUCGGCGUUUAUCCAUUUCAAUCAGCAGAUUGCGGCCCAUAUGGCGGCACAGUGUUUGGACCACCACCGGCCAUACGCUAUGCAAUCGCGGUAUAUCGAGCAAUCACCCAAGAAUGUGAUCUGGGGAAAUCUUUCUAUGGGUCCUUACGAGAAGAACAUCCGAACCGCCAUAUCCUGGGGCGCCACCUUUGGUCUCAUGGUUCUUUGGACUACACCCGUCGCGUUCAUUGGUGUCUUGUCCAACGUCACGACACUGACUACGGAAUAUCAUUGGCUUGCCUGGAUUAAUGGAGAUGGAUUUGGGUACACAAUCCUGCAGGGUGUAAUCAGUGGUGUGCUUCCGCCCAUCUUGCUCGGUAUCUUGAUGGAAAUCAUUAUUGGUGUUUUACGAUCCCUCUCUGCAUUCGAAGGUCACCCCAGUAAAACCGAAGUAGAGUUCAACCUCAUGACCCGUUACUUUAUUUUCCUCGUCUUCCACACCUUCUUCGUCGUCACCCUUGCUUCCGGUCUGAUCUCUGCUGUUCAAGAAUUCGCCAACAAUCCCGGCUCCGUCGCCACGACUUUGGCGGCCCAAAUGCCGACUGCGUCGACCUUCUUUAUCACAUUGAUUUUGGCGCAAUUUACAGGAACUAUGGGAACCCUUCUGAGGAUAGUAAAACUGUUGCUCUACUAUGUGAGGGUUAUUGCGACUGGAGGAACGCCACGUUCGGUGUUCACUUCAAGAUACAAGAUGAACGUGGCCAACAUGGGUGAAUGGUUCCCCAAGAUCACAGUCUACGCUGUCAUCGUGAUCGCAUACUCUGUCAUCUCCCCCGUGAUCAACGGAUUUGGCGCCUGCUUCUUCAUCUUUGCGGUGUUUGUAUACAAAUACGUCUUCAUUUGGUGCAUCGACGUCGACCCCGCAGCCGAUACCGGUGGCAUGUUCUUCCCCAAAGCUAUCACGCACGUCUUUGUCGGGCUGUAUGUGCAAGAGGUCUGCAUGUGUGCGCUGUUCUUUCUGGCGAGGAAUCAGGACGGCAAUGCGUCGUCUGUCGCCCAGGGCGCAUUGAUGGUUGUGCUCAUUGUGGCUACUGCUGCUAGUCAUUAUACUAUCUUUGUAUCCUACAAGCCCCUCCGGAACGCCCUUCCUCUUUCGCUUGCUCAUCUCAGUUACGGUAUGCCAGGCCUCAAAGACCGCACGCAAGCAUUCCACAACUACUCUUUGAACGACGAUCCCGAGAACCCGCUCGAGCUCCAGACAUCUCGAGACCCCCUCACCGCUGGUGUCGUCAAGGCAACCAACCUUAUACCGUCCAAGUUGAGGAUCGACACUAAGAUCGGCGACAAAUUCAAGCAGAAGAACGCACUUUCGAGUACUUCCGACAGGGAGUACGGAGUGUCGCCGAGGGUAGUGGAGAGGCCGUCGGAUGAUGUAACGUUGGCGGAGAGGGACUUUGCUCAGCAGCCGGGCGGAGCAGGGGCAAUUUCGAGAGAGGAAGAGCAGAUGACAAGAGGAGAGGAAGUGGAGCUGCAGGAGCGAUGGAGUGGUGAAGAAGGGGAUCUGUCCCAGGUGCCGAGGAACGUUGAAGGGCUUGAGAACGGGCACCCCGACGAAGAACCCACUCCCGCUUCUGCCACUUCCCCGGGGCGCCCCAUCCCUCGUCCCCCCUCACCAUCUGACUCGAUCGCCUCAGUCGAAAGCACAAAAUACUUUGCUCUCCCCGGUGGACCUGGUCUGAUCAGCCGACAAGUGGAUGACGGAAACGACCCCAAUGCGUUCUUCCAUCCGGCGACACAAGACCCGCAGCGAGUAAUUUGGUUGCCUCAGGAUGAGCUUGGUCUGGGACAGGCAGAGGUGGCGCAGAACAAGCGGGAUGGAGUCAAAUCGAGUUACAGGAACGCGAGAUUGGAUACGAAGAACAAGGUACAGAUCUAUGGUCCUCCACCGGAUGAUCUCUGA